CGCGUGCGAAAAAUAAAAAAAUAAAAAUUGAAAAUAUUGAAAAAUGCCAAAAAAUAUUGUAAUACAAGUUGUUCAACAAGAUGGGGUUUUCAUGUAAAAUGUGUGCUCAAUGUCUUAACUGUAAAUUAUUUGGACGAUAAAUUAAGUAAAAUAAAGCGGUGGAAAAUUAACGAAGUGAAACGAUGAAAAUAAUAUUAUCAUGUUUGCCGGAAAGAGCGUAGUAGUACGGUGCGCCUUCAUCACGAUUUAGAAAGCCGGGAGCCCAUGCGUUUACGCGUCAAGAUGAGCUGAUGGAUGACGAGCCGGCGGCGGAUGAGGCGACGACUAAUGAAGAGAAAGAAAAGGUGGAGAAAAAGCGAUUGGAAGAGCUCCGGGAGAAGGUGCUGUUCUAUCUGACCACGUUCUUUAUACUGCUCGGUAUAUUCAGUCUGUUCGUCUUCCUGUUCCUGGUGCCAUUCCUCAUUGAGCCGGCUAUCACGACGAUAUUCAUGGAGUUCGACGAAACGCCAACCACGUGUGUGACCGCGUUCUCGGAGAUGCGCGAGGGCGCGUCCAAUUGUUCGCAACCGGGCGGUUGGGCGUCGUGCCGGGAGGGCUGCACCCGCGAGAUCUACCAGUGCGCGCAGAUAUUCGUUAACUACUCGUUGCACGGCGAUCGGGCAAAAGACUUGAACGCCAGGCACCGGAGGUCGUUGCUGGUCCGUGGCUACAAACCCAUAGAACCCGAGCCGGCUACAUGGGCAUAUUCGUACGCGCGCAUAUUCCCUAACGUCAAGGGCUGUGGUUACCCACCGCAUCUUAACUGUUCCGUGUUCCACCAGCGGUACUUCGAAGUGGGCGCCAGCUAUCCAUGUUACUACAGUCGCGUCGAGCCAUGGGUAGUCAUCACUGAACUGGACCUGGCCAAGAGCACCAGGCAGCUGAUCUACUCGAUGGUGUUCCCUAUACCGUGUUUCGUCGUGUCCGUCGUGUACGUGGCGCUCGCUUAUUUCUGCGUGUACGCCGGUCGCAACCGUGGGCCCAAAGUUAAACGUCGCGUUGUACGGAGGAUGGUUGGUGUCGGUGGCGUCGGUUGUGGCAGCGGUGGUGGUAGUGGUGGUGGUGGUGGUAGUGGCGGCGGCGGUGUUGGUGGUGGUGGUGCUUGUGCGAGUUUCGGUUAUUCGUCCCGAGCGAAAACGGGUUCGGAAGCCACGCCGUUGACCAACAACAGUACCGCGGCCGCGCCGGCCACUUCGUCCGCUGGCGGCACGGGCACACCCGGCAGUGAACUGCUGUACCGAGACGAUGACGAUGACGACGACGACGACGAUGACGACGCGUCCGACACGUAUUACGGUGAUCAGCUCAGGUCCACGCUGGCCGUGGACGACUCGUCUGCCGACUACGUUAAGACGCUUCGCUUGUCCGAACACACGCUCAGACAAUCAGACUCGAACGAACCUUCUAGGUUAGAGUGGUCCGAGGACGACAACCAAGACUCCGUCAGUGCAUGUGAAAGUCUCGACCGGUCCGUUAAAUCAAAAUCCACCGCAUUCGCUCCGUUAACUAAUUCUACCGGAAACUUGACCAAGACGAUGACGACGUGUAUCUUAACUCCCCCUGGGCCGACGGCGGAAGUCUGAAAAGAAAUUUGCAUCAUAUUGAUGGUAUUUCCUGGAAGCCCAAAUAAUGACUAAUUUAUUUUGCGUAUUGUUGUUAAUCAUAAACCUACACUACAUUUACCUUGUUAUAAAACGUUUAAUUAAAUUUCACUCAAAUUAGUAA